GACGCUCAUGGUUGGGCUGGCUAGCUAGUUUCAAGCUAUACCACCCGAUACCAUCCCGGAUUUUGGUUUGAGAUUAUAGGGGCAAGCUGAGGUGUGCAGAUUUUUAUUUAAUGUCGCGUUCUUUGGAUAUUUCGAUUACUCUGCACGUUCCAAAUACAUUUUAUAUUUUUGUGAACAUAUAUUUCGAAGAAAUAAGGAACGUUGCUUUCAUGGGACUACAGAUGCCUUUAGAUGGGAUUUUAUUGAACGAAGUAUCAUGAAGAUGCAUUGAAAAAUAGGAAUGAAAACCUUCAAGUUAAAAUUGGGACGCUGAAUCUGCAUACUUUUUUGGAAGGUUUCUUGAAAUAGAGAUCUGGCAUUUACCCAGGCGUAGAUGCGCAUAAAAUGGUGACGGAGAAAACGUUUUCUUUGAAGAAACAUAGUAGAUUGGGUUUUUUAACCUGAGGCAAACUUGUUUUUUUCUUGAAUUGUUUAUUGGGAAUAUUAUAUCAAGAUGAGUUACGAAGGAUACCAGUACAGAGCACUUUAUGACUAUAAAAAGGAGAGAGAAGAGGACAUUGAUUUACAUAUAGGGGAUAUACUGGUGGUCAGUAAGGGUGCUUUGCUAGCCCUUGGUGCCACUAAUGGAGCUGAAGAAAAACCUGAGGAGAUUGGUUGGCUGCCAGGAUUCAAUGAGACAACUCAGGAGAAAGGUGACUUUCCCGGGACUUAUGUAGAGUUUGUGGGAAGAAAAAGGAUUUCACCCCCAACACCAAAACCAAGGCCCCCAAGACCUCUUCCUUCCACAUCAGGUUUAGUCCGGACGGAUGCCGAAUCAGAGGGCUUCAUGUUGCCAGAUCUGCCCGAGCAGUUUGCUCCACCAGAGACCUCAUCGCCCAUCCUGGUCAAGCUUCUCGGGGCCAUAGAAGCCAAAGGUUUGGAAUGUCCCACCCUUUACCGGACGUUCACAGCGACUUGUGGGCUGGAUACGAGACAGUUUGCCGACUGCGACCUGGAGCCUUUAGAUUUACAGUCGCUAUGUGAUGGCCUUUGGCGAUACCUGCAGGAUUUGCCAAAUCCAGUUGUUCCCAUCCCAAUUCAAAGUGAGAUGAUUCACGCAGCACAAGAGGUAAAGGACCCAGAGGAGUGUGCCCAAUUGCUGCGCAGGAUAGCCAGCUCGCCCACCCACCCGCCCCAGUACUGGCUCACUCUUUACUGCCUCAUCAAGCACUUCUGCCGUAUUUCUCAGAACACAAGCAAAAACCAGCUCACUGUCAGGGACCUGGCUGAAAUCUUCAGCCCUGUGCUUUUCAGGCUUCAACCAGCAAGCUGUGAGGCCAGCCCGGAUUCCCUCAUCAAGAUCCUAGAGAUAUUGGUUAACAGUGAACUGAGUGAAACUCAGGCAGCCCCAGCUCUCCCCCCUAAGCCACCAAAGCCAUCUACCCCGGUUCCGAACAACGGCUUCAACAACAACAUGGCCUUGCAGGACGGGGAGUGGUACUGGGGAGACAUCUCAAGAGAGGAGGUGAAUGAGAAGCUGCGAGACACGGCUGACGGUACGUUUCUGGUCCGAGACGCGUCCACCAAAAUGCACGGAGACUACACACUGACACUAAGGAAAGGAGGAAAUAACAAGCUGAUCAAAAUAUUCCACCGUGACGGAAAAUACGGCUUCUCGGACCCCCUGACCUUCAACUCGGUGGUUGAGCUCAUCAAUCACUACAGACACGAGUCCUUAGCCCAGUACAACCCCAAGCUGGACGUGAGACUGCUGUACCCAGUGUCGAGGCUCCAACAGGAUCAGGUCGUUAAAGAGGACAACAUCGAAGCUGUUGGAAAAAGGUUGCAUGAGUACCACCUGCAGUUCCAGGAGAAGAACCGAGAGUAUGACCGCCUGUACGAGGAGUAUACCAGAACGUCCCAGGAAAUCCAAAUGAAGAGAACUGCCAUCGAGGCAUUCAAUGAAACUAUUAAGAUCUUUGAGGAGCAGUGUCAGACCCAAGAGCGCUACAGCAAGGAGUAUAUUGAAAAGUUCAGGAGAGAGGGCAACGAUAAAGAAAUCCAGAGAAUCAUGGGAAACUACGACAAACUAAAAUCGAGGAUCAGCGAGAUUGUGGACAGCAAGCGUCACCUGGAGGACGACCUGAAGAAGCAAGCGGCGGACUAUAGAGAGAUCGACAAGAAGAUGAACAGCAUCAAGCCUGACCUCAUCCAGCUCCGCAAGACCAGAGACCAAUACUUAAUGUGGCUGACACAGAAGGGCGUGAGGCAGAAGAAGCUGAACGAAUGGCUCGGGAUCAACACUGAACACUCAGAAGACGAGUACUCCAUGGUUGAAGAUGACGAAGACCUCCCGCACAAUGAUGAGCGUUCAUGGAGGCUUGGCAACAUCAAAAGGCAGCAGGCUGAAGGGCUGCUCCGAGGGAAGCGGGACGGGACCUUCCUGGUCCGGGACAGCAGCAAAGCGGGCUGCUACGCCUGCAGUGUUGUUGUUGACGGCGAGGUGAAGCAUUGUGUCAUAAACAAGACGCACACAGGCUAUGGAUUUGCCGAGCCGUAUAACUUGUAUGGCUCCCUAAAAGAACUAGUCCUGCACUACCAUCACACGUCACUUGUACAGCACAAUGACUCUUUAAACGUCACGCUGGCCUACCCGGUUUACGCCCAUCAGAGGAGGUGAUUACCUCCUGUUGAGUGCUUGGACUUCAUGGACAAUCAAGAGAAACCUCUUUGGAAAUGCAGAUGCCUGUGAUGGUACCAAAAAAAGGGAAAUAUUGGGAGAGGUGUUUUGAGAUUUGGAAAAAUACCUAACUAAUGUGAUGGUAGACCAGCUACUUCCCUUGACAGCUCUUGUUUAAAACUAUUUUCAUGAUGGGGAAAAGCUUUCCUUUGAUAGCCAUAAUUACUAAUGUGUGAGAGUGUGUGUCUGUGUGUGUGCACGGUAUGAGUCAUAUGCCUACUAACUGAAGAUCGGUCUGAGAUUAGAAACAGCAUAUGACAUUUUAUGGCCAGUUUCUUACACACAGCAGUCCUGGACCUGGAUUAAUGAAGAACUUGGUUAAAUGACACAGUCUUCGUCUGUGACAGCCAGCCCGCAGUAUUUGCAUUGAGCAGAAAUGUUGUGGCGUUCGAAUACUUGUUUUUUGUUAAAGGUGGAGUCAUCCAAGUUGUUGAUACUGCAAUUAGACAUCAUUCCCUCACACUCUUACAGUGUCUGCGCAUGUGCACGGGUUCUCAUACAGUGCUGUAUCCACGGGACCAAAACAGUAGUUCAGCCUAGUUGAGCUCAACGUUCUUUGCCGUUGUGGAAGAAAAACGACUCACAACACUGUUUACUUUCUGCAUUUUUGCCAUUUCGCUAAAUACACCUCUAAACUUCCUCACACUGUCGAGUGUGAGUUUUAGUUGUGCUAUGCAAUGACGUCUACGUCCUCAAAUCCUCUAAAUGACUAUGUAUCCUCUAUACAAGUGUUGUCCUGUCUGUGGCCCAUUCCCAUAGGCUACCUAAAGUUGAAAAGCAAGUUGUCAGUCUUAAGUUGGUCCUCGUCCACCUCUACAGGGACGUUAUAGGUUUACAUUGUAUGCCCAUAAAAUAAAUAUCAAAAGCAUUCACAUAAUUACUCAUUUUAAAUGUAUGAAAAUCUGGUUUUAUUUUUUUCCAUUUAAUCUAUGAACCUUGUUUAUCUCUAAUGAUGUGAGAAUUGUUUGGUUUCUUAUUGGAAAAGUCAUUCCUUCAUGCAGAAUUUUCUGUAUCAGAAAAUCUCCAUUUAGAAUGAUGUAGUUGCUUGUAUGUUUUUUUUCUUGUGAAAUUCAUGCCAUGCCAGUGAUUUGAUAAUGUGACAAAGGGAUAAUAAAGCACCAAAUUCGUGAUAUAAU